AUGCAUGCAUACCAUGUCUUUCAGAAAUUGGACAAGAAAAUAUGUCCCAGAGUGUGGCUGAGUACCAGGUCUGGGGCCUGGGUGGUACCUAACUACCUGUUUGGACAUCCCGUGGACCACUACGCUUGCCGCGCCUUCCUCUGGUUGCCUUGGAAACUGGGCACAUUUAUCUUAGAAACUGUGAUAAAGUUGCUGCAUGGGAACCCUAGCAUGUAUGGUUUGAAUCCCAAGAUGCAUGCCUUACAGACCCAACCUAGCGUGAGUCCUGUCCUCUACCACCACAUACAGAGAGGACAGAUCAAAAUUGUGCCAAAUAUUCAGAAAAUUGAAGGCAAGACUGUCCACUUUACUGACGGUCAGUCCGCAGAGUUUGACCAGAUUGUCCUGUGCACUGGGUACAGAAUCGACCUCCCGUAUCUGGCAGAUGAUGUCCGCUCCAAGGUGCUAGAUGAGGGGACGAACCACAUCAAGCUGUACAAGAAUGUGUUUUCCCCAGAAGUGGGCCACACGCUUGCCUUCAUAGGCUUCGUCCAGCCAGCGUCAGGGGGAGUCUUGACCAUGUCAGAGAUACAGUCCAGAUGGUUUGCAGAGCUGUGCAAGGGUAAAGUCAAACUGCCCAGCAAACAAGCAAUGGAAAAGAGUAUUGAGAAAGACAAGCGUCAGCAUGCAGAUCGUUACUUUGCGUCAGCCAGACAUACAAUACAGAAGGACCCCAUUCUGUAUAACGAUGACAUCGCUGCAAAGUUUGGAGCCAAACCUCAACUUUGGAGACACCCUACGUUAGCUUGGAGGCUUCUGCUGAGCAGUUGUGGCGCCUCCCAGUGGCGUCUUCAGGGACCAAACAAAUGGGACAAGGCAGCCGAGGAAAUCAGGAAGGUGCCCGUCACAGGACUCAUUCAGAACAUGGCAGUUUUGUUGCUGGCGCUAUUUGCUUCACUUUUACUGUUAUUGUUCAUUUUUGCGUUUUAA